UCAUAGGGAGGCAGCACUGUCGUCUAUCGAUUGUACCGCCCCCCAGGGGGUACCGGCCCCCCAAAUACCGCCUCCGCUCGGCUACAGUUCGAACGUCAGUCAGUGCAAAGAGCGACUGCCGGCCGUUCGGAUGUCUGUGCUCGCCUAGAGUGAUCUAGCUCUAUUCCUAGAUCUCGCUGUCUUUUUCUGUCUCUGUCUAGAGUGAUCUAUUCCUAGAUCUCGCUGUCUAUUUCUCUCUCUGUCUAGAGUACCCCACACUGGAACAACAAGGCACACUUAUAGCUCCUGACGCGCAGAUAUGUCGUUCAGGAACUACAAACGAAACAGUGAACGAUACGGUUGCACACCAAUGAGAGAAAUUAUGGGAGUAUUGAAGAGCCGGACAGACAAGGCAUCCUUCAGGCUACCAAUGAUGCAGUCGUCCAGUAGAAAGCAGAGUGUAUUCCAUGUGAACAUCACAACUUCUUACUUGAAUCCGAGAACGGAGGACGAGGACUCUGACUCAGGCCGCUUCCAAAUGACAGAGGUGACGUCAUCGGCCGCCCAGCUGUUCGGGGGCGGAAGCGGAAGUGGCGGAAGCGGAAUUGGCGGGGGCGGCAACCGAGACACAUCCACCUACUUCCGCGACGGGCGGCGCAAGAUCGACUUCGUGCUGGUCUAUGAGGAGUCGCUGACGGGGGCGGCGCGAUCUGUGGCCGCUGCUGCCGCCUCCCGGAGGCCGUCGGUGCUGACGGGGCCGCCCCUUGCCGCCCCCGUGCUCAGCGACAAGAAGCUCGCCAAGCAGGAGGCCUGGAGGCAGCGGUUUAUGGCCAACCUCAGGAAGGCCGGGCUUGAUAUGGAGGAGGCGCAUCCAAACCCCUCGAUGAACUGGUCGGAGACGCUGCUCAAGCACUUAAGGCUACCCAACAUAAUGCACGUUGAAGUGCCAGGCAAACCUCUAGAUUUCUACACUUGUCCGUUCCGAAAAUCUAAAAUUGACAGAUUUUUGGGUAGCGACAACCGAUCGACGUUCUUCACGGGGGUUCAACGACACCGCAUCGUCUACGAGAUCCUCUCGACGUCGAUGUUCGGCAAAAAGAAAAAAGGUGAAGUGGGCAUUGCCCGUCUCGUCGACGAGGGAGUCUUCUCCUCCAGCUUUCCCCUGCACGAUGGACCCUACGAGUUCAAAAAGAAGGGUGAAGGGGGCUGUCAUGAGCCCCUGAAUUCGCGACAGGUGCUCUACGAGUAUUGGGCCAGGUGGGGCAGGUGGUACAACUAUCAGCCUCUCGAUCACAUCAGAGAGUAUUUCGGGGAGAAGAUCGCUAUCUACUUUGCUUGGCUUGGCUUCUACACCGGUUGGCUGCUACCAGCUGCCUUGGUGGGACUGCUAGUGUUUCUGUACGGCGUGGCAACGAUGCAAUCAGACCGGUUGGCGAUGGAGAUCUGCAACAGUAGCGGCGAAUACCUGAUGUGUCCGCUCUGCGACGAGAAGAUAGGCUGUGACUACUGGGACCUCAGCGACAUCUGCGGAUAUGCCAAACUCGCCUACCUAUUCGAUCACCCGGGGACGGUUUUCUAUGCUGUAUUCGUGUCGUUCUGGGCGGUGACAUUUCUGGAAUACUGGAAGCGCAAAUCGGCUUCGUUGGCUCAUCACUGGGACUGCAUGGGCUUCCAGGACGAGGUGGAACGACCGCGACCUGAGUUCGCGGCGCGGGCGCCCUACCUCGAAGUAAACCCAGUCACGGGGAUACAGGAGCCUAGCUUCCCGCGAUCGUUGCGCAACAAACGGAUAGCGGCAGGAAUUGGAAUCAUUUUUCUCAUGAUUUCGCUGGUUAUAAUCUUCAUAAUAGCGGUGAUCAUCUACCGUGUGCUGGUGUCGAUUCCACUCUUCCAGAACGCGACGUUUCGUGCGCAGGCGCAGAUGAUCGCCAAUGUGUCCGGCGCAGUUGUCAACCUCAUUCUCAUAAUGGCCAUGUCACGUGUCUACGAGAAGCUCGCCUAUCGUCUCACGUCCUGGGAAAUGCAUCGUACACAAACGGAAUUCGAUGACAACCUGACGUUCAAGGUUUUCAUAUUCCAGUUCGUCAAUUUUUAUUCUUCCAUUUUCUACAUUGCAUUUUUCAAAGGCAGAUUUGUCGGCUACCCCGGCAACUAUACUCUCAUACUUAGGCUUCGAAAUGAAGAUUGUAGCGCUGGAGGAUGUUUAAUAGAAUUGGCUCAACAGUUGGCUGUUAUUAUGGUUGGAAAGCAGAUAAUAAAUAAUGCUCAGGAAAUUCUGGUGCCGAAAUUGAAGGCAUGGUGGCAUAACAAACAGGUGAAAUUAUCCAAGAAGAAUAGAAAAACAAGAUGGGAAGAAGAUUAUCAGUUAGUUGAUAAUGAAGGCCUCUUCGAGGAGUACUUGGAAAUGGUUUUGCAGUUCGGUUUCAUCACGAUAUUCGUGGCGGCUUUUCCGUUAGCUCCACUAUUCGCCCUCCUCAACAAUUGGGUGGAAAUUCGGCUGGAUGCGCAGAAGUUCGUUUGUGAGACACGGCGCAUCGUGGCUGAACGCGCCGAAAACAUCGGAAUUUGGUUCAAAAUUCUGGAUAUGCUCGCUCAUCUGGCUGUUAUCAGUAAUGGCUUCCUGAUAGCAUUCACGUCAGAGUUCCUGCCUAAGCUGGUCUACCAAUACGACCACAACUGGAGUCUGAGUGGCUAUGUGAAUUUCUCGUUGGCCUAUUCGCCGAACGGCACACUUUCGCGACAGUGUCGAUAUCGUGGGCUGCGCGACCAGGAGGGCAAUCACACACCCUUCUUCUGGCGACUGCUAGCCGUGCAACUGGCUUUUGUCAUCAUGUUCGAGCAUGUGGUGUUCGGUGUAUGUAGGCUGAUUGACAUACUUGUGCCUGACAUCCCUGAGAGUUUGGAUAGAAAGAUAAAACGAGAAAGGUACCUAGCCAAGCAAGCCCUACAGGAUUCUGAAACCAUUCUCAAGGUUGUAGCCGGCGUAGAACCUCCCGACGCGAUAGACAAGUCUAAAAAAAUGGUGCUCGAUCUAACGGCCGAACUGGGAGACGGCUCCGAUUCGCAAGCGAGCAGCCAACAGGCUCUGAUCGGUGGCGGAGCGAGCUCUAGUGGCGCUGCGCUGCGGACAGAAACCGAAGCUACAGUCUCCUCAUCAGCUGUCGCAAGCGAGCAGCCAACAGGCUCUGAUCGGUGGCGGAGCGAGCUCUAG